AUGAUCAACUGCGACAAGAACUACUUGUCCCACCUCCCUCUCCAGCUAAACGCUUCAACUGGGCUGACGGAGCUCCGGGUGGCAAACAAUCAGCUGCUCGAUCUCCCCUCGUACCUGGAUUUCUUCGGUGCUCUUGUUCUGUUGGAUGCUCGCGACAACGUCCUGCAGUCUCUCCCUUCUUCUCUCACCCUCCUGUCCUCCCUCACUCGUCUUAGGAUCUCUAGGAACAAGAUAGAGGAGCUUCCCGAGGCCCUUGGCUCCCUCGUCUCCCUCACCGAGCUGGACGCUGACGAGAACGCUCUCUCGAGGCUCCCGCAGUCUCUCUGUGAGCUGAACAAGCUUCGAACCAUCCGCUUGAGCUGCAACAGCCUGUCGGAGCUCCCGCUGGGGGUUGGCAGGCUUGUCAACCUCGAGACUUUGACUUUGAGCGACAACAAACUGACAAGGAUUCCUCUUAGCUUCCGCAACCUCUCAAUGUUGACCAACCUCCAGGUCCUGAACCUGAAUCGCAACCAGCUGGACUCCCUGCCUGCAGAAUUCACCGGCUUGACGAACUUGACAAGCUUCUCGAUCCAGUCCAAUCACUUCCUGCAAGCUCCAGCCUGCCUGCAAUUAUGGACGGGCCUUAAGGAGCUCGAUCUCUCACACAACAAGAUCACUGUUCUCCCCGUGCAGAUCCUCCAGCCGCUCAAGGAACUCUCCCAAGUGGAUGUCAGCUCGAAUCAGCUGGUCGAGGUGCGGGAAGACGUCUCCCGCCUCCUCCAUCUUCGGCUGUUCGACCUCCGCAACAAUCUCAUGACAAGCCUGCCGGGAAGCCUCGGAGCUCUCAAGCAGCUGGACACUCUCUUGGUCGACAACAACAAGCUUACUGAGCUGACAGCUGCAAUCUCAGACUGUUCAUCCCUUACCUUCCUCUCGCUCAGCAAGAACAAUCUUACCUCUCUCCCCCCUCCACUUGGAAUCCUCACUUCCUUGAAGACCCUUCAAGUGAUGGACAAUCAGCUUUUGAGCACAAUGCCAGCUGAAGUUCUCCUCCUCUCCUCCCUCACUGUGCUCUCCCUGGCGAGGAACAAGAUCGAGCAUCUCCCUGAAGAGCUCGGCCACCGGCUGUCACAGCUUCGUAUGCUCGACCUGGAGUCCAACAAGCUGAAGAAGCUCCCGGACAGCAUCGGGAUCGCUGGGUCCCUCAAGCUCCUCGACCUUGAGAGCAACCUGUUCACCUCCCUCCCUUCCGUCGUGCUCUCUCUGACGAGGCUAGAGGAGUUGCGAUUGGCUGGAAACGACCUGUCCCAGCUCCCGCUCGAGCUGGGAAGGCUGGUCUCGCCAGCAUCUCUUACUUCCAUCACUCUCAACGACAACGCAAUCUCCGAGGUACCUGGUGACAUCUCCAAACUCACCAGCCUCGUCCUCCUCUCCAUGUCCAACAACAACAUCUCGCAGCUUCCGAAGCAUUCCUUCCUGCUGUUGAGCUCCUUGCGCUCGCUGAAUGUCGCCGGCAAUCCACUCACCGUGCUCCCUGUUACCCUGGGCUCACUGAAGAAGCUUGAGUACCUUGACCUCAACGAUAACCGGCUGCGAGAAAUCCCGGCAUCUGUCUGCAAGCUCACAAGGCUGAGAGAUCUGUCAGUCAUGGACAACAAGCUCUUGUCGAUCGCGCCUGAGGUUGGGCUGAUAACGACCCUGCGAAGGCUCCAGCUGGAGAACAACGCGAAGCUCAAGUGUCCUCCUGUCGAAGUUUACUCGAGAGGAAUUCAAGCGACGCUCUCCUACCUCAGAUCCAUCAUGCAGGGCAUAUCGACCGGCAGCAUCGAUCUCGCUUCCAGCAGCUUGUCCAGCUUGGAACUUCCCUUUGACAGGCUGGCAGUAAAGCUAAGAGCCAUGCAGCUUUCUAACAAUCUUCUCGACGAAAUACCGCAGGUGUUUGUAAGCAAGUCGUUGGUGCGUUAG